UCGUGAAACUACAACUCCCUGCGGGCUUUGCGCGAGAGGGCGGGUGGGUCCCUCUGCCGGAAGUCCGCUCUAGCCCUGGGGGCCCCCCCAACUGCAGCCGGAGCCGGAGCUGCCCAGUCGCUGCUGGACCAGGGCCGCUGGGGUCCGGACGGGGGUCGCCAUGAUCCGCUUCAUCCUCAUCCAGAACCGGGCAGGCAAGACACGCCUGGCCAAGUGGUACAUGCAGUUUGAUGACGAUGAGAAACAGAAGCUGAUUGAGGAGGUGCAUGCUGUGGUCACCGUCAGAGAUGCCAAACACACCAACUUCGUGGAGUUCCGGAACUUUAAGAUCAUUUACCGACGCUACGCUGGCCUCUACUUCUGCAUCUGCGUUGACGUCAACGACAACAACCUGGCCUAUCUGGAGGCCAUCCACAACUUCGUGGAGGUCUUAAAUGAAUAUUUCCACAACGUCUGUGAAUUGGACCUGGUGUUCAACUUCUACAAGGUUUACACGGUCGUGGAUGAGAUGUUCCUAGCUGGUGAGAUCCGAGAGACCAGCCAGACGAAGGUGCUGAAACAGCUGCUGAUGUUGCAGUCCCUCGAAUGAGGGGCCCCUCUAGCCUGGCCCCUCCUGGACUCAUCUGCUCGCUUCCCCUUUCCAGGCCUGUGGCCCACCCCAGUAGCCCCCUCCCUCGGCUACCCAAGAGGAAGGGACCCAGCUGGGUCUGGGCCACAAAGAAGGAGACUGCAACCCACUACCCCACCCACAGCUGGGGCCACCGUGUGUGUCCCUAAUAACUGUGCCGUUGUCAUGUGAUGCUGUGAAUGUGUGUAUGUAGAGUCCCAAUAAACAUGUUCUUGCCUGGC